AUGUUACGGGGCUUCAUCUGCCCAUCAUUACUUCUAAGCCCUUCUCUCUGGUUCAAUGAGUGGAGGACAAGAGACCAGGGAGAGCAGGAGGACCAGGGGAGAGCAGGAGGACCAGGGGAGAGCAGGAGGACCAGGGAAGAGCAGGAGGACCAGGGAGAGCAGGAGGACCAGGGAGAGCAGGAGGACCAGGAAGAGCAGGAGGACCAGGGAGAGCAGGAGGACCAGGGAGAGCAGGAGGACCAGGAAGAGCAGGAGGACCAGGGAAGAGCAGGAGGACCAGGGAGAGCAGGAGGACCAGGGAGAGCAGGAGGACCAGGGAGAGCAGGAGGACCAGGGGAGAGCAGGAGGACCAGGGAGAGCAGGAGGACCAGGAAGAGCAGGAGGACCAGGGAAGAGCAGGAGGACCAGGGAGAGCAGGAGGACCAGGGAGAGCAGGAGGACCAGGAAGAGCAGGAGGACCAGGGAGAGCAGGAGGACCAGGAGAGCAGGAGGACCAGGGAGAGCAGGAGGACCAGGGAGAGCAGGAGGACCAGGGAGAGCAGGAGGACCAGGGAGAGCAGGAGGACCAGGGAGAGCAGGAGGACCAGGGAGAGCAGGAGGACCAGGGAGAGCAGGAGGAGGACCAGGGAGAGCAGGAGGACCAGGGAGAGCAGGAGGACCAGGGAGAGCAGGAGGACCAGGGAGAGCAGGAGGACCAGGGAAGAGCAGGAGGACCAGGGAGAGCAGGAGGACCAGGAAGAGCAGGAGGACCAGGGAAGAGCAGGAGGACCAGGGAGAGCAGGAGGACCAGGGAGAGCAGGAGGACCAGGGAGAACAGGAGGACCAGGGGAGAGCAGGAGGACCAGGGGAGAGCAGGAGGACCAGGGAGAGCAGGAGGACCAGGGAGAGCAGGAGGACCAGGGAGAGCAGGAGGACCAGGGAGAGCAGGAGGACCAGGGAGAGCAGGAGGACCAGGGAGAGCAGGAGGACCAGGGAGAGCAGGAGGACCAGGGAGAGCAGGAGGACCAGGGAGAACAGGAGGACCAGGGAGAGCAGGAGGACCAGGAAGAGCAGGAGGACCAGGGAGAGCAGGAGGACCAGGGAGAGCAGGAGGACCAGGGAGAGCAGGAGGACCAGGGAGAGCAGGAGGACCAGAGAAGAGCAGGAGGACCAGGGAGAGCAUGGGACUAUUAUCUUUUCAUAGUUUUACCAAUUUUACCUAUCUGA